CCCCAUACUACGCUCAGUGUUAACGUAUUACAUUGCAUCUUUUGUAGGGAUAGGUUUUGACUGCCGAUAGCUGUUCGCGUGAAACCUAGCAUGGCCGCUGUAGCCCCCCGGUCGGAGAAGCCAGCGGCCUAGUGGUUACACGUGUUGUACUUAGGGAGAUUGCAGUAGUAUAGGCAUGUCGCGGAGGCUAUCGGCGGGCGGGUUCGCCGCACUGAUAGGACUCGCCGUGCUAGUCAGCGGCGGAGCGAAGGUCGGCGUCGCGGAGCCCAUGCGGCACGUAUCAAAGUGUCGGCUCUGUCAAAAGUGCCACCUCAGCCCCAUGCCCCCGCCCGGCUACGAGCCGGCGACGGCCAACGACGACGGCGAAGCUGGCGCACUAACAGCAAAGCGGCGGUUAGCGAAUACGGACAGUGAUUCCACAGCGGGCGAGGGCAUGGCGGUACCCAAAGCCACGCCUACACGGCGGAAAACGGGACCUGCCUAUGAUGCCGAACUGGAUCCGACUGUGCCCAUCCAGUUUAAGCCUAGCAGCUACCAGCCUCGUCGCCAGCGCGACGCGCAAAAGCUGCCGGUGUGCGAUCAGUGCUACGGCUGCGAACACAACCUGACCCACAUCGCCAGCGCCACAAACUUCCUGAACAACACCUACAUCAACGAGAAGGGCGCCACCAGCAGUUGGAUCUUUAAGGCCAACACCAACAUGACGCCUUCUGGUGAGGCGGUCGUCAAGCUGUACUGCCUACCCAUCGCUAAACGGCCCGGGGCCAAGAUCCCUUCCUGCAAGCCGUCCCGCAUCGCCGAGAUCAUGCGGCAACUGAUGGCUAUUGACAAGCUGUCAGUGGAGUGUGGCUUCACGGACCUGGUGCCGCGGAUGUGGCUGGCGCCGGUGAAAGGCAUCGUGCCGGAUGUGGGCUACCCAAUAGACUGGUACGGGCUGUGGAUGGAGUACGUCGACGGUAUCAGUCUGGAGAACCUGCUGCACAAGGGCGCGCCCAAGCGCCUACCGCUACCGGUCAUUGCAGACUUGCUCAAUAACAAGCUCAACGCUAGCAAGGUGGUACGAGGGGCUGUGUUCGACUUGCUCACGAGCCAGUGCGACCGGCACGCACAAAACAUCUUCAUGCAGGAGGAUGGCAACAUCAAGUUAAUUGACAACGAGGCCUGCCUGCAGCACAUGUGGCGCAACUGCGGCUUUGAUUCCAUUCUGGUGCCCACCACACAAAAGCAGGAGAUUGUGCGUCUGGCCAACCAUUUUGUGCUCAAGCUGCCAGUCAAGCCGGGGACGGAGCUUGUGCUGCCAAAGGGCAGCGCUGACCCACAGCUGUUGUUAGACUACCGCUGCUACUUGCCGGGCGGGUCGGAGACCAUGGGCAACAGCUAUGACAAAGACAUUGCGCAGUGCCUGAAGAAGAUUACAGACAUGACGCCUAAGCAGGUGCGGGCGUACUUCGACUUCCCGGACGUUCGAGUCGCCACCAACCUGCACACACGGGCCAUUGACAUGCUGACACACGGGUUCGAAUGGGCCGCCAAGUACGGUGCCCCGCAGAAUGCCGUGCCCAAGCGCUAUCGCUUACAGCCCAAGUGCUGCAAGCUAGCUGUCAAGGGCUGGCAGACGAAGUGUGGGCACACGUGGGAGCCGGUGUGGGAGCUGCCCAAGGGGAAUCCCAUCACGGGGAGAGAGUGGGAUAAGGACAGGCCGGACACGGGGUCGUACGAGGGCGGUACAUUCCCUGAGGAUGGCGAGCUUGGGAGAAAUGGGACGGCAAGAGGAUGGUCUGGUGCGUAGCGGGCUGCAGGAGGCGCAGUUGAUGAGUGGUGAGUUCGUGCCCGCUGAACAGUAGUGGGCAGGGAAUGAGGGUGGUGUAUAAGGAUGAGGCGAGAGACUGGUUGGCAUGUGUUUGCGGUGUUGGAGCAGUGGACUGGAAGAAGGCAAGGCUAGGGCGGGUCGGAGCGGCAGGGAGGUGUGUGGGGCGUGCCAGCUUGAGCGCUGGGAACCGUGGGACUCAGCGACGGCUUUGUGAGGCAAGUAGUCUUUGUCCUGUACUGGUCUCAUAAUGCAAGAUCACGUUUGCCGCCAAACUGCCUGUCACUGCUCAACUUGGCGAGCCUGUUGCAGCCCAUCGCGCGAACUGGCGGUAGCCGGGCAAAUUUGUUCGCUGGUUUCGCGACUUUCAAGGACCGCGUGCGAUUUGCGAAGAUCUGGCAUUGAGGAUGUGCGUAAUUAUGGCCCCAGGCUAUCCCGCCGUGCGCAUGAGGAUCUGCCGCCGCCUAGAUCCGGCUCUCUGGUUUUUAUUUGUGCUGUUUGAUGCCUGUUGCUGGCCCGCUUUGGCCGGUGUGUUUGGCUUGCAGCGUACUUGUUUGUUCCGUUUGGGGGUGCGGGGAACAGAUUGCAGUCGGAGGCAAUGAGACAAGACAUUAGGGGCAAGGCAUUGACAGCAGACAAACUGCCGACCGGGACCCAGUGCCGGUCGUCUGUCAGGUUACCAUACUGUAAGGUCUGAGCAGG